GCCGCUCCCUGGGGUAAAGAGGAAGGGGAAUAUGGAUGGAAAUGCGAAUUAUGGAAUAAAUUCGAUAAUCCCCUGAUCUCGGAUUUCUUGACUGGCCUAAUGAGAUGUUCCCGUUCUCAUUUGGGGUUUUGGGCCGGUUGGGCUCGGCGGCUAGAGUCAGAGCUAGCUGGCUUGAUCAGCUAGCUGUGAAGUUGCCAUGGCAACCACAUUGAGCUUUCUUCGAUAAAGUCCGUGACUAUGUCGCGCGUUAACGGAGCCAGUAAAAGAGGACGAUCUAGUGAAAAUGAAGAGGAAGAUAAGUACCCGAGGAUGACGAAAGAGUCGUUGAGACGUCUGUGCAAGGAGACCAAGGGAUACCUGACACCUCAUUUAAAUGACAUCUUGUACCUGCACUACAAAGGUUAUUCCAAGAUUGAGAACCUGGAGGAGUACACUGGCCUUAAGUGCUUAUGGUUGGAGAGCAACGGCAUCAGCUGCAUCGAGAAUUUGGAGGCACAGCGCGAGCUCCGGAGCCUGUACCUCCACCACAACCUCAUCGGCACGAUAGAGAACCUGGAACACCUGGAGCUGCUGGACACCCUCAACCUCUCCCACAACACACUGCAUCGCCUGCAGAACUUGAGGACCCUACCGGCAUUGCACACCCUCAACGUGUCGCACAACCGCCUGCACGACGCCGAGGAUAUUCGCGAGCUCGAGCACUGCCUCACCCUGGGUGUGCUGGACUUGUCGCACAAUAACAUCGAUGACGUCGCUAUCCUGGACGUCCUGAGCAGCAUGGCCAACCUUAGGGUGCUCACUCUCACGGGCAACCCCGUCAUCAAGAGCAUCCCGCACUACAGAAAGACCGUCACCCUGGCAUGCAGGCACCUGACCUACCUCGACGCAAGGCCGGUGUUUGAAAAAGAUCGAAGAUGUGCAGAAGCCUGGGAGAAAGGAGGGCUUGAGGCGGAGCGAGCAAUGCGGAAGGAGCUGCAGGAUGCGGAACAUAAAAGAAUUUCCAACAGUGUAAAUGCCCUGACGAGGAUACGGCGCGCGAGGGGCGAGGCCGGGGCCGAAGCUGCGGCCGAGGACGGGCAGCGCACCGAAGCCGCGGCGGGGGACGUCGCCGUCGGGAGGGCGGAGCUCGCGGUGGUCAAUGACGAGGUCAGCAGCGACGAGUCCGCCUCGGGGAACGAGGAUAGCGUCGAUCACGGAGCCGCUGCGGGGCCCGACGGUGACACACAGGACCGACGACUGGACCAGACGCGUGCCCGAGCAAGUGACUCGCUAGCGGAUCUGCCCCAACCAAAGAGGCCCGGUCAGCGCAGCCUUGGCCUCGGAGCAUCGGGCUGUCAGCUGAUGGGUCACUCCUCCUCCUUGAGGAUGCUUUGGGGAGACAAGACGGAGGUAGACACGAGAGAGCAUGCUGUGCACAGGCGACCCAGAGGUGUCCCCGCAUCCUCAUUGAGGAGCUCUCGUACUGUGGUGUCCCGGUGGUGA